AUGUCUGGCGGCGGAGCAAAUCCUCCAUCACCGGUUGCAAAAAUCGAAUCUAAUUCCCCCUUCUAUCUUGGUCCUCAAGAUAGACUAGGAGAUUUUAUCACUCCAACAAAAUUACGUGGAGACAAUUAUGAAGAUUGGGCUGGUGAUAUUCAGGCGGCGCUGGAGGCAAGGCGCAAGUUCGGCUUCCUAGACGGAUCGAUCACAGCAUCGGUACCCCCCUGUACUCAAUCCGACUGGCAGACUAUCAACGCAAUGUUGAUUUCCUGGAUAAUGAACACUAUUGAUCCUGAGGUAAAGUGUUAUUUAUCAAAAUACAGAGAUGCAAAGAAACUUUGGGAUACUCUAAAAUCUCGAUUUGCUGUAGUUAAUGGCCCUAGAAUACAACAGUUAAAAUCAUCUAUCGCCAAAUGUGAGCAGUCUAAAACCAUGCAUGUGUCGGAAUACUUUGGCAAACUUACUGCCUUGUGGGAAGAACUUCACAGACAUGAGCCGCUUAUUAUUUGUACAUGCUAUGAGGAGUGUACAACAGAUAAAGCGUUUCAAUUAGUUGUACAAGACGAAAGGGUAUGGACUGCUCAGGGAACUGUUGAAGAGAAACCACCAGAAGUUCUUGGUUUUUCAAUUUGGGUUAACAUGAAUAAAGGUAGAGGUAGGGGAGGAGAAAAACCUGAUAAAUCUCAUCUUCUUUGUAGCCACUGUAAGAAGACAGGUCAUGAGUCUUCAAGCUGUUUUGAAUUGGUGGGAUAUCUUGAAUGGUGGGAAGACAGAAGUAAAAAUGAUGGAGGAGGACGUGGAGGUAGAUCAGGUGGACGAGGAAGAAGUAAUAUUCGUGCAAACUCGUUAUCUGUAGGUCACAACUCUCAUUCCACAGUGGCUGGUCAAGCCGGUGGGGGCAACAAUAAUACAAGUCCUCUUCUCUUCACAGCUGAACAGUGGAAAGCACUUACAGGUCUUAUGAGUACUUCAAAAAUACCUGAUGAGCGCUUAAAUGCAAACGGGGCUACUUCAACCUUGGAACUCUGGCAUAAACAAAUGGGGCAUCCUUAUGAGAAAGUGGUGAAAUCUCUUCCUACAGGACAGGUACAAGUGAAUGUUCUGGUAUAUGUUGAUGAUGUAAUCAUAUCGGGAAAUAAUUCCAAUGCUAUUUGCGCCUUCAAGAGUCCGUCUCCAAGGUGUUUCACUCCACCAGCAUCUUCGACGCCGCUGACGCUGCCGCCUCCUCUAUUGACACCGGUUCCAGACAUGGGAGAAAAGAAAGAAAAGAAGGAUAUAAUUUGUUCGAAGCUUGAAGGUGUAGAAUGAUGACCAAAGCAUACACGAUAUGGAAUGGGGUGCAUAAGGCAACAAAUACAUAACUAAUUUGCGUAACUAGAUUGCAAAUCAAUUGGGGUCAAAUGCUUCAAAUUAAAUUUGUAGGACUUUAUUUGAAUUUCAGUAUGAUUUUGUGGAUUUAAAAAUAUUUAUAUUUUUUUGGAUUUGUGUUUAAUUUUGAUUUAUGCUCAA